UCGCAAUUAGAAAUUAUGCCGUUUUUUGAAUUUCGUCAUAUCUGCAAUGUCAUUUCUCAAGCUUCAGAAGAUAAUGGGUGAUGUCACAGAUACGAAAUGCUAAUAUAAAAAGACACAUCUGGGAAAAUUACCGUGCUUCCGAGUAAAUGCAGCACGCACAAGCAGUGACUCAAGUGAGCACUCGACAUAUCUAUCGAUAAGACGAUAUUCUCGCAUUCUUUCGCAUUACGAGGAGCAGUGAGACGCGAUUUAAGGCGAUUAGCGCGGAUCAUUAAAUUCCAGAAGCGAUCACAGCAGAGCUAUCAACGUCGUGUUCGUCGCAUCACUAUGGAAGUCAAUCGUGAUAGUGUUCCGUCACAGAAACGUCAGCAAACAUCGAAAUACGCGGGUGCGUUGUUUGCAGGUACGAUAUGGGACUUGCAGGAAGGCACGAUGACGAUGUUCGCAGCGGAGAUUGUUGGUACGGGUAUCCUCAUAUUUAUUGGGUGCAUGGGGUGCAUUGGUACGAUGGGACCCGAACCACCCCCACCAAUGCAGACGGCACUUACUUUUGGCCUGACGGUGAAUCUCAUAAUUAUGAUGCUUGGCCACGUAAGCGGAGCUCACCUCAAUCCAGCCGUCACCAUCGGUGCUAUUAUCGUAGGACUGAAGACGAUUCCGACCGCCAUAAUUUACAUCCUAGGCCAGUUCGUCGGGGCCACCGUGGGAUACGGACUUUUAAAAACAAUAACACCGGCAGAGCUGUUCAGUAACGGCGACCUAAACUCAACCGUCGGUCUUUGCGUCACAGUCGUUCAUCCGGGAAUUAACAGCAUACAGGCUGUACUGAUCGAGGUAUUUUGCACAAGUUGCAUUCUCUGCGCAGCUUGCGCUACGUGGGAUCCACGGUGCGCUCAUACGACAGACUCGACCGCUCUCAGAUUUGGCCUCUCGGUCGCUGCCAUUUCGUUCGCAGCGAGCCCUUACACAGGAUGCAGUAUGAAUCCUGCGCGAACAUUCGGUCCUGCCUUUUGGAAUAAUGCUUGGAAAGAUCAAUGGAUUUAUUGGCUCGGUCCCAGCUUGGGAGCUUUGCUUGGAACGUACGUCUAUCAAGUGCUAUUUGCAGAGAAAAAAAUUAAACAAAGGGACUCACUUGCUCAACCGAUGAAAAGUUCUUUAGCAUAUUAUCACAACAGAAUGUAACAUAAAUAUCAUUUAUAUUAUUAUUUAUCAUUCAAUGCAAUCAUUUAAUGCAAUUUCUUUUAUUCAUGUUAUUAGUUCAUAAUUUAUUACACGCACAAUAAUAUAUAAGACACAGUCAAUGAUUCU